AUGGUAGUUGAAACAUCAGUGUUGGAGAUUGAUCGAUUGGGUGAUGUAGCGACGUACACAACUUCAUUAGUCAACAAUAACAACAACGCUCAAUCCCAGGUCAGUCAAGAUGACUUGAGCUUCAACUUUAGCUUUGUCCAAAGCAAUAGCAGUCAACAGAAACAGCAGCCCAAUACCAAUGUUAACAAUGGCGUGACUCAACAAACACCAUUGUAUCGACUGAAGAUUGGUGACCAGAAGUCAUCAAUUGAUCACUAUCUUCAUCCAAAAUACAACAUCUUGCUUGAGUUGGCAGACCCUAUGAUCAAACCAGAGACCAAGUUGCAAAUGACAAAUAUCAUCACAACAUAUCCAAUGAAUCCCUUUGAUAGGUCUUAUGGCAAGCUGGUCACACUUCCAACUGAGAACAUUGGUGUCAUCCUCAAAUCAGGGACGGCGAUUCCAGAUCUUUAUCAGUUUGGUCACAUUAAUGGCACUUUGUCACAUCCAACUCUGACAUCUUGGUUACAACUACGUGUGACCUCUAUUGAUGCACAUCCAACCAAAGUAACCGACGAGAUCAAAUGGAACAAUCAACUACCACAUGACAGACACUUUGAGUACUUCCUCAAGCAAUGUGUAUACCUUGUGGCGGUGGACAAUACUCAACAACAAAAACAACAGCAGCAGAUCAAGAUAGUCUUUUGGGAUAUGAUGUGCAAGUCGACCAAUCUAUUCCAACCGGAUGAUAUACUACUCAUACAUGGACUAUUCUACAAUCAAAGGUUAUCAACUGAAUUGCUACGAGUGUUUGAGGCGACAUCCACAACGGUCAUAUGCACCAUACUACCUGCUGUCAAGGAUUGUAACAUGACAGAGAGUCAACUACAAGAUACAGAAGAUCGCGAUAUGAGUGACUACCCCGACAGAGUCAAGAUCAAUCAAUUGGAGAGUGGCAUGCAUAGUGUAUCCCUAGUGGCCAGGAUAGUCCAUGUUGGAAAGAUAAAAUUGAAUGAGCAAGGUAUCAAUAGUCUGCCAUUGUUACUUAGUGAUUCAGAUGGACAAACGAUCACAUUGGUCUUGAGUGCAGGAUUGACAAGGUCAACGUCAAACUAUCGUGUUGGCCAGCUAUGUUUCUUUUCCAAUCUAUUUGUGGCUUCAGAAGUAGACAAGAAGAAGCGACUCUAUGGUGAUGAUGAGAAGAAGUCCAAAGUUCAUCCAAUCAGCACAUUGAUUGGAAUACUCAACUCUAGAUUCCUAUAUAGACCCAUUCAAUCAUUAUCACAACAAAAGGAUUGGGACAACACUGUUGUAUCCGUGGAGAUUGUUGACUUGGUACUCUACGAUGAGCAACGUCAGAAUCCAUUGUUUGCAUUCCUCAUGUCAGAGACUACUUGCACCGAGCAAGACAAAUAA